UGUCGAGAUUGUAUUAGGCACUAAGUGAAAUAUAUAUAUGACCUUUUAGUGUUUUACACAUUGGGUCCUCCUCUAAGGCUCUGGGCUGUAGAUCAUCUUGACCACUGCUCCUUACCCAGGAAUCACUUUGAAGGGUUUUUUGGGGUCCUUUACUUUUUAAACAAACAAAAUGGCACCAAAGAAGGAUGUUAAGAAAGCUGCACCAGCAUCAGCACCAGCACCGGCACCAGCUCCUGCCCCAGCGCCUGCCCCAGAACCAACUAAACCCAAAGAACCAGUAAUUGAUCUGAAGAGUAUCAAGAUCGAGUUCUCCAAGGAGCAGCAGGAUGAGUACAAGGAUGCUUUCCUCCUCUUUGACAGGACAGGUGAAGGCAAGAUCGUCUUAAGCCAGGUUGGUGACAUCAUCCGUGCUCUGGGACAGAACCCUACAAAUAGUGAGAUCAAGAAGAUCCUGGGCAACCCCAGCAAGGAAGAGAUGAAUGCCAAGAAAAUUACAUUUGAAGAAUUCCUGCCCAUGAUGCAGGCAGCUGCCAACAACAAGGAACAGGGUACCUUUGAAGACUUUGUUGAAGGUCUGCGUGUGUUUGACAAGGAGGGCAAUGGUACAGUCAUGGGUGCUGAACUCCGUCAUGUACUGGCUACUCUGGGGGAGAAGAUGACAGAGGAAGAAGUAGAAGAACUGCUAAAAGGACAGGAAGACUCUAAUGGCUGCAUCAACUAUGAGGCAUUUGUAAAACACAUCAUGUCUCUUUAAAUGGAUUUCACAAAAUAUAAUACGAAAAAGUCUAGACUCUGAAGACCAGAAUGCACUUGAGAUUUGCCUCAGUAAAAUUCUUCUUCCAUCAAGCACCAUCAAUAUGGAAACCACACAGGACUGUACUAUAUGCCUCCCACCACAGCAAUUCUUUUUUUAAUCAGUAGGUGUCUCCCUCUCGAUCAUACUCAUGCUUCACAAAUCGAACAUUUGAGGCAAGCUAGAUGGAAUAAAUUGUACAGGUAUCAAGCCCGAUUAUUUCUCUUUCCAUGUUGUUUGCCAUGAAGCAAUGUAUCCCCUUGAAAAAUGUGACAAUAAAUCCCUGUGGUCAGUC